AUGGCAGGGUUAGUCAGACUACAAGUUCCCACGCCACCCGCAUGACGGAGUCAACAUAUUGGCAAUGGUCGAGCUGGGGUAGGAGGGCGGGGGCGGAAGGGGAGUUCAGGUUAGACUGCAAGCGUUGUCCGCAUGUUAAACACACGGAGUGCGUGGGAAUGUCCUUAGGGUUACGGUACCGCUGGAAAGAGAGAUUACUUGUGUCAACGGAUUCCGACAAAAAGGCGCUCGGCUCGAGAGUAGAAUGGCUGCUAGAGUUCUCCUUCAGUAGUUUCAGGAGAGCAUAUGCGUCACACUCUAGCGUCCAGCCCCUAGAAUAAAUUCCGUUUAAGACAUCGCUGAAGGAACUGUGAAUUGAUGUUGAUAAUUUUCUUACGGGGGACACAACGAGAAAUAAGCAGACCCAAAAUUUCGUACAGUUUUGCAGUGCAAACAUUUACAUCCGAACUAAGGAAGAAAUCAAUCCAGUCGUAGGAAUUAAGGUGUGUUAGUAAUUCGGUUGAGCGAGUUGAUCGGAAAUUGCGGAAAAAGUUAUACUUUGGGGACAAGGUUUUGUCAGUCUCGAAUUCCAACGUUGAAACAACUAUGUCAUGGUCUUAGCCCACGAGUGGACCUAGAGAUGACACCGGCGAUGGCAUGCAGCCUCUACAAAAAAUUAGGUCAAGUAUGCUUGAUCCUCGGGUUGAAAAAUCGACGACCUGAGUCCACAUCCCAACAUCCACAGCCUCAAGAAAGUCUUCGAACUUUCUGGGGCCUGAAGGCGGAGACCAGCGGACUUCAGGGAGAUUAAAGUCGCCCGCAACCAAUUGAUACUUAAAGCUUAAGUCGGCCGCAGCAUGAAAUGCCUGUGAGAGUAAACGAUCGCAAUUUUCGUUGGCGUUGGGAGGGCGAUAGACACAGCCAACGAGUAAGGAGAACUUAUCUUAAGAGCAACCUGGAGCCAGCAGCUCCCUUCUACUGCGGAAAAAUGCGAAAGGUCAAGCGGCAAAAUUGUAAGUGUUUGCUUGACAUAGUCGUAGCUGCCCCCACCACGGCUAUCUUGGCGAUCAUUUCGAAUGCAAUUAUAGCCUAGAAGCGAGAGUUCGGGGUCAGCUACGGAGGCUGAUGCCCAUGUCUCAGUUACUAAAACAAUAUCUGGACAAUGGACGAGCACCAGAGUCUGAAGCAAAGGCACCUUAUUAAGCAAGGAUCUGGCAUUUAAAAUAAAAAUUUUGAAGGGAAAGGCUGUUUGCUUCUGAGGGAGGUGGACUACAUCGUCCAUUGUUGGUCUUCCCACGGAGCAAACGGUCCGGAUGUAACCAUCCGGUUCUGCAAAAAUUUUGGUGGCAUCAAAAAAUUCUGACGUGGAUAAAAAGGGGUAGGAUUUGGGGGAGGGAAUGACGGGCAGGUAGACUGGUAACCAUUGAUAGCUUACUCAUUUUCGGCUGGAGAUCCACGGGCCAGAUACUGCAACACACUCCCGCCGGAACGAAACUGAGGAUCGGAUGAGUUAACUGAUCCAGCAUGGACACUAGCAUGAGGAAUACAUUGGUAAAACGGCCGUGGAGGAAACAAGUUAGGCGGUUGAGGACUCAUUGCUUCCAUUGGAGCAAGAGCUCUAUUUAACGGCUGGAAAAUCGGCAUAUUCGGUCUAACUGCCUCGAAAUGAAGGCUGGGGGGCAGUUGGGAACACGCUACGUUUUGGGUCGGGCUGUUUGAGGCACUGUUAGCCGAUUGUGGAGGAAAAGAUUUUAUAAUGGUGCUGGAUUUAUCGGGUGUCCGAGUGGCUGAGACAGCAAUUGGAUUUGCCUUUGACUUAGGCACAUGCUUAAGCUUACUAGGGGUUGCUGGGGGAGUCGUUAGGGACAUUUGUAUACCAGGCGUGUUGUUGCUUCAAAAGAUCUCAACAUAAAUAAUAGUCAAAUUCCCUACGGUAUUGACUAUGUCGUGACGUGCAGAGGCCGCAGAUAGAGUUGUAAAGGACUUAUUCAAACUGACAGUAGAUGUCAUUAUCCUGGUGUUGGUUUUUGCCGAUUUUAAUUUAUCCAGUCUUCGCUGCAGCGGUAUGAGGUCUGGCGAAACGGAGCAGUGCCAUUUACGUCAGAAAUCUCUAGUUAUCUCCCUCCUCGACAAGAUAAAAUCGACUUCUAUCGUGGAGAAAAGGGUAACUAGUAUCGGCGCAUUACGCGAACGCAGUCGUUGAGCUUGUGCGACACUAAAACUCAAGCCACAACGUUCUGGGAACAAAUGCGCCCCCUCCAUAGCAGAUAAGUGGCUCGGAAUGUUUCUCAGUACGAAAUUAUGCUUGCGUUCAUUUCACUCCUCAGUUUCAGAACUUAUUACCCCAAUAAGUUUAAAAGCUUGUUCACUUACUUUGUCUGAAGUACUGCUAAUGUCGCCAUAUAACAACUGAUCGAGUAUUUCGUCGGCUGAUGGCCUGCUACGACUAGCAGAAGCGUAUUUUUGGACGAUUGAAGGGUCAAGAGGUUCUACAUGUACUAAAGGGAUUUGUGAGUUAACCUCAUCUGCAGAAGUCGAAGAACAUAUGCUGGCAACUGCUAUGCCUUCGGUGGCUGGUUCGGUGCCUUCCAGGACUGGUUCGACGACAACGACGCCGCCAUCAGAAAUCUGCUAGCUGAGAAGGACCGCCUACAGAAAGCCUACGUAGAUCACCCCACUGAAUACAACAAAGCUGCCUUCUACCGCAGUCGCCGCCAACUGCAGCAACGUCUGCACGAGUUGCAGGACGCCUGGACUGCUCGCAAAGGUGAGGAGAUCCAAGGCUACGCGGACCGCAACGAAUGGAAGAACUUCUUCUCUGCGAUAAAAGCUGUCUACAGCCCGCCGACGAAGGGCACUGCUCCUCUUCUCAGCGCCGAUGACAGCACUCUCCUGACUGAGAAGACACAAAUCCUACAGCGAUGGGCCGAGCAUUUUCGAGGCGUCCUCGAUCACCCCUCUUCCAUCUCCGACGCCACUAUCGACCGCCUGCCGCAAAUGGAGACCAACGUGGACCUCGACCUCACGCUAUCUCUCCAGGAGACCAUCAGGGCAGUGCAGCAGCUCUCCAGCGGUAAGCACCCGGAUCGGAUGCGAUCCCUGCUGAGGUCUACAAGCACGGAGGUCCCCAACUGA